AUGUGGUCCGGUCUCGUUCGUCGGUUUUCCUCUGAUAUCCCCGAAUCGUACGGUCCCCACAGCCAUCACCAUGAGUCCUCCCACCUAGCUCACGCGUACACCGAGCCCACGGCCCACGGCGCCUUCAAGGACGGCAUCAACGGGGUGUUUGUGCCCGCCAACAUCAAACGUACCGCGAGCCCCUUCCGCCCUCCACCGCUGGAUCCCAUCGUCCUUUACGGCUUCAAGGAAAGCACGCCACUCAGCGCGCGAUUGCUUAGUACUGGCGUCGCCGAGGAAAUCCGCAUAAUGCUGCCAGAACGACUGCGAAUCAUGGAGGACUGGAAGCUGGUAUACAGCCUGGAGCAAGACGGGGCUAGUCUGACAACCUUGUACCAAAAGGCAGCUUUGUAUCAAGGGCUGCGUGUUGGCUUCGUCUUGGUUGUUAGAGACGAUGCUGGUGGCACCUUCGGCGCCUACCUCUCCGAAUACCCUCACCCCGCACCCAAAUACUUUGGAAAUGGGGAAUGUUUCCUGUGGCGCGCCUCCACCCUCACACCCUUGCCACCACCGCCCUCUGCCGACACAACCAACCUCACGCGUUCAACAACUGUGGCUAGCCCAACCCGCUCAGCCUUCAACGAUGACGACCGCGCCCAACCGUCCCCGGCACCCAGCGAGUCGAUUCGCUUCAAAGCCUUCCCCUACUCGGGCGUGAACGACUACUACAUCAACUGUGAGAUAGGAUUCCUGAGUGUUGGCGCUGGCGACGGGCACUACGGCCUGUGGCUUGAUGACAGCCUUGACCGCGGCCACAGCGGCCGUAGCCACACAUUUGGUAACGAGCCGCUCAGCGACGAGGGCGAGAAGUUUGGUGUCUUGGGUGUCGAGCUCUGGGUGUUGGGGGCUUGA